GAAAAAUGUCUCUCAGAGUCUCUUAGAGUCCCAGGUGACGUCCUCAGAUGUAUCAGGUGGUGUAAUCAAUUUUACGAGUAGGUUAUUGUUGUUUUAUUUUGAAACCCGUCCGGAAGUGAUAGUUCAUGUUUUAGCGAGCUCGGUUAGCAGAGUAAACCGUUAGCUGAAUCCAAAUAACUGCAGAAAAAAAAGGCAGAGAUCUGUUUUGUAAACAGAUCAGAGAUGGACCGACACGUUAAACUGCUGGAUGCAGAUUCAGGAAAACCUGAAAUGACGCUGAGAAGAGCAGCUUUACCUCCAGGCAUCCAAAAAGUGAUUGUUGUUAAAGAAGAGAAGCAGGAGUGGAGCCCCAGUCUGGACCAGGAGGACCCACCAGAGCCCCCACACAGUAAAGAGGAACAGGAGGAGCUCUGGACCAGUCAGGAGGGAGAGCAGCUUCAAGGGCUGGAGGAGUUCCCAUUCAGUCCUGUCCCUGUGAAGAGUGAAGACGAUGAUGAAGAGAAACCUCAGACCUCACUGCUUCAACAAAGCCAGACCCCAGCCAGCAGCUCCACUGAACAGAUGGAGACUGAGGCUGACGGAGAGGAUUGUGGAGGACCAGAACAAGCCAGGAACUCUGUGUUUGUCAGGGCUAAGAGACGUAAACCUGUUUGUGACAACAAAACUUCAGACUCUUCUGAACCUGUGAAUGUAAAUUGUGAUGAUGAUUGGACGGUGAAUAGAGAACCUCAGUCAGGUUUAAAUUCUGUGAAAAAUAAUGAAGUUCCUGUAAGUGUUAUGAAGUGUAUUAUCUACAAGAAAUCAUUCAGCUGCUCUGAGUGUGGGAAAAUGUUUGGCUGCAAGGGAGGUUUGAAGAGACACUUGAAAAUUCACACCGGAGAGAAACCAUUCAGUUGCUCAGUUUGUCGUAAAAGAUUUACAUACAGGGCAAAUAUGACGCAACACAUGGCCAUCCACACAGGAGAGAAACGAUACAGUUGCAGUAUUUGUGACAAAAGAUUCACUUGGUCUACACAGGUCAAAACACAUCGCCUCAUCAGAGUCAGACUGAGGAGAACAGAGAGGUAGAGCCUCCGGCCAGCAGCUCCACUGAGCAGAUGGAGACAGAGGCUGAUGGAGAGGACUGUGGAGGACCAGGACCAGCCAGGAACUCAGAUCCAGAUGUACAUUUACAACCAAGCA